GGGGGUGGGGUGGGGCUUGAGGGCCCUCCCCAAACCUCUCGGCGUCCCAGAUUCCGAUGUCUACGCCCGGACCGUGGUUAGGAUCUUCCUCGUGUCUUCGUUUCCGAGACCGAGGGGUCAGGUGGUAGGGCCUUCCCUCCUGCUCCGUGGACAAUGCAGUUCUUCGGCCGCCUGGUCAACACCCUCAGUAACGUCACCACCUUGUUCUCAAACCCGUUCCGUGUGAAGGACGUGUCUCUGGCUGACUAUGCUUCGAGUGAACGCGUUCAGGAGGAAGGGCAGCUGAUCCUCUUCCACGCCGUUUCCGGGCGCACCUGGGACUGCAUCCUGGUCAGCCCUAGGAACUCACAGAGUGGCUUCCGCCUCUUCCAGCUGGAGUCAGAAGCCGACGCCCUGGUGACCUUCCAGCAGUAUUCCUCCCUGCUGCCGCCUUUGUACGAGAGCUCCCCGCAGGUCCUGCACGCGGAGGUGCUGCAGCGCCUGAGCGACCUCAUCCGCAACCACCCCAGCUGGUCGGUGGCUCACCUGGCAGUGGAGUUGGGCAUCCGUGAGUGCUUCCACAGCAGCCGCAUCAUCAGCUGUGCCAACAGCAGGGAGAAUGAGGAGGGUUGCACCCCACUGCACCUGGCCUGCCGCAAGGGCGACAGUGAGGUCCUGGUGGAGCUGGUACAGUACUGCCACGUUCAGAUGGACGUCACCGACAACAAGGGAGAGACCGCCUUCCACUAUGCCGUGCAGGGGGACAACCCCCAGGUGCUGCAGCUCCUAGGAAGGAACGCCUCGGCUGGCCUGAAUCAGGUGAACAACCAGGGGCUGACGCCGCUGCACCUGGCCUGCCAGAUGGGGAAACAGGAGAUGGUGCGCGUGCUGCUGCUCUGUAACGCCCGCUGCAACAUCAUGGGGCCCCGUGGCUUCCCCAUCCACACAGCCAUGAAGUUCUCCCAGAAGGGCUGUGCUGAGAUGAUCAUCAGCAUGGACAGCAACCAGAUCCACAGCAAAGACCCGCGCUACGGUGCCAGCCCGCUGCACUGGGCCAAGAACGCCGAGAUGGCCCGCAUGCUGCUGAAGCGGGGCUGUGACGUGGACAGUACCAGCGCCUUGGGGAACACGGCCCUGCAUGUCGCAGUGAUGCGCAACCGUUACGACUGUGUCAUGGUGUUGCUGACCUACGGGGCCAACGCGGGCGCCCGCGGUGAGCACGGGAACACCCCACUACACCUGGCCAUGUCGAAAGGCAAUGUAGAGAUGAUCAAAGCCCUCAUUGUGUUUGGGGCAGAAGUGGACACCCCGAAUGACUUCGGAGAGACCGCUGCAUGCAUAGCCUCCAAGAUCAACAAACUGGUCACCAGGAAGGCGCUCUUGACUCUGCUGAGAACUGUGGGGGCAGACUACCACGUCCCCUUCAUCCAAGGAAUCCCCACGGAGCAGGGCUGCACGUCCUCACCUCACCCUUUCUUUUCCCCGGAGAGAACUCACUCCCCAACAAUCAGCUUAAACAACCUAGAACUGCAGGACUUUGUGCACAUCUCCCGGGCCCGGAAGCCAGCGUUCAUCCUGAACUCCAUGAGGGACGAGAAGCGGACCCACGACCACCUGCUCUGCCUGGACGGAGGGGGCGUGAAGGGCCUGGUCAUCAUCCAGAUCCUCAUUGCCAUCGAGAAGCUCUCAGGCAUGGCCACCAAGGACCUCUUCGACUGGGUGGCGGGGACCAGCACGGGGGGCAUCCUGGCCCUGGCCAUUUUGCACAGUAAGUCCAUGGCGUACAUGCGUGGUGUGUACUUCCGCAUGAAGGACGAGGUGUUCCGGGGUUCGAGGCCCUAUGAGUCAGGGCCCCUGGAGGAAUUUCUGAAGAGAGAGUUUGGGGAGCACACUAAGAUGACGGAUGUCAAGAAACCCAAGGUGAUGCUGACAGGGACACUGUCUGACCGGCAGCCAGCUGAGCUCCACCUCUUCCGGAAUUAUGAGGCCCCAGAAGCCACGCGGGAGCCUCGUUUCAGCCAGAAUAUUAACCUGAAGCCUCCCACACAUCCCUCAGACCAGCUGGUAUGGCGGGCAGCCCGCAGCAGUGGGGCAGCCCCCACCUACUUCCGGCCCAACGGGCGCUUCCUGGAUGGUGGAUUGCUGGCCAACAACCCCACACUGGACGCCAUGACUGAGAUCCAUGAGUACAAUCAGGACAUGAUCCGCAAGGGCCAAGAUGGCAAGGUGAAGAAACUCUCCAUAGUUGUGUCUCUUGGGACAGGGAAGUCCCCACAAGUGCCCGUGACCUGUGUGGAUGUCUUCCGCCCGAGCAACCCCUGGGAACUGGCCAAGACUGUUUUUGGGGCCAAGGAACUGGGCAAGAUGGUGGUGGACUGUUGCACAGAUCCGGACGGGCGGGCCGUGGACCGGGCCCGGGCCUGGUGUGAGAUGGUCGGCAUCCAGUACUUCAGGUUGAACCCGCAGCUGGGGACAGAUAUCAUGCUGGAUGAGGUCAGCGACGCAGUGCUGGUCAACGCCCUCUGGGAGACCGAGGUCUACCUCCACGAGCACCGGGAGGAAAUCCAGAAACUCAUCCAGCUGCUCCUGUCACCCUAAGCCCCUGGCCGUGCUGCUGAGGGUGGGCGAGGCCAUCCGGCACUCUGAGGGUCCAAGCAGGGGUCACACACUCUGCCUGCCUGUGGCCUGGGAGCUCAGAGUAGGAUCAGCUCCCUCAUGAGGCAUCUCUGCGAGCCUCCUACCCCUCGUCCCUCCAGGCAGUCUGGAACCUACCCACCCACACCCCUUCCCCUGACUGUGAAGGACAACUGACCACCAACAGCCCCACACCCCAUCAGCUCCAACACUAAGGUGCCCAGUGUGGCUCGAGGACUCUGCCACCAUCCAUUCUGGGGAGAACUGGGGUUCCACCCCAUCAUCAAGUGCAGGAUGCCCCAUUCAACUUUGCCCUUCUGCACCAGCCACUGGCCACCCCACCCCUAGAGCUGCCCCACCUUGAGAGCCCUCCCAGAUCCCAAAGGUCACUUUUUUGCACAUGCACUCCCUAUGGAAGGAGAUAUGGGAGCGGCCGCAUCAAAGCUGUGAAAUAAACGAGUUUGGACUCA